AUGCUCAUAGUAUCCAAUGCGAUUAUCAUAUCAUCUACUCAAAUUGCUCAAGAUUUACAAGAUUUUAAAGUUUUAUUCUCAACAUUUAUCUCAUUAUUUCCUCCAUUAUUUCUAAAAUCAGCUCAAAUGGGAUGUGCAUUAGCAUCUGAAUGUUGUCCACAAUUAAAAACAUCAAUAUUUGAUUUAAGAACAAAUAAACAAGCAAUACGAGAAUGUAUAAAUCCACGAUUUACUUGGAAUUGUCAAGCAUUUAAACAGUAUAUAAAUUAUUUUGCUAAUCAAAGUACAAAUGAUACAAAUCAAUUACAAUCUUUUGCAUCAGAAUUAGAAUUAAUAUUUGAUGAUAAUCAAAUGCAAAAAUCUUAUCAAGAUAGUAUAACAAUAACAAAACAAUAUUGUGGUGAACAUUUUGAUUACUGUGUAGCAUUAAGUGAUAAUAAAUAUCGAACAGAUUGUGAAAUAAAAACAUUAACAGGUUUAAGUCAACAAGAAAAUGUUUAUCGAGAAUAUGUUCAAAAAGAGAAACAAAUGAUAAAUGGACUUAUAACAAAAAUUAAAAAUAUAAUUUAA